AGUUCCGACCGGCUCUUAUCCAGAGAACGAGGACACCGGGGAGUGAAGCCCUCCGAUCCAUUUUUAAAAAAGAAAAUAAAGUCGGUGUCAAGUUAAGCGGUCUCGACAACAAAUUCAACCAACGCUACUGACAGGAGUGAACCAAAGGAGGCUUCAAAGAAACGAAUAAGGGCUUAAGUUUCGUCAGCGUGUUGCUGUCAGUUGCGGCGAGGGAAAAGAAGAGAAGGGAGGACCACCGGGAGAGUGGACCCCCCCUCCCCUACUCCAAGCGGCCCGGUUCCACUUCAGCGACGGACGCCGUGGUGAGGGGAUUGGCGAGCAGUCGGAGUUGACAGCUGCCGGUGCUGUGUGGCCAAGUCGCAGAGUAAUCUGCUGCAGAGGUUUGAUCAUCGGGAGCCGGGGUAUCCGGAUAGGGACCUCAUGAAUGGAAAUCGGAACAUCAGGAGCCCAAGCCCUCUUCGCUCUGCCACGGCGGCCGGGCUAUGGCACCAUGGGGAAGCCCAUCAAGCUGCUGGCCAAUUGCUUCCAGGUCGAGAUCCCCAAGAUUGAUGUCUACCUGUAUGAGGUGGACAUCAAACCAGAAAAGUGUCCACGUCGUGUCAACAGGGAGGUGGUGGACUCUAUGGUACAGCACUUCAAGGUAACCAUCUUUGGGGACCGUAAGCCAGUUUAUGAUGGAAAGAAAAGCCUCUAUACAGCUAACCCACUGCCUGUUGCCACUAGUGGGGUGGAUCUGGAUGUCACCCUUCCAGGGGAGGGUGGGAAGGACCGCCCCUUUAAAGUUUCCAUCCGGUUUGUGUCAUUGGUCAGCUGGCACAUGCUGCACGAGGUCCUGACGGGCCGUGGAGUGCCUGAACCCCUGGACCUGGAGAAGCCCCUUAGCACCAACCCUGUUCACGCUGUCGACGUUGUCCUCCGCCACCUGCCCUCUAUGAAGUACACCCCAGUUGGCCGCUCCUUCUUCUCCUCCCCAGAGGGCUAUGACCACCCACUGGGAGGAGGGAGGGAGGUCUGGUUUGGAUUCCAUCAGUCAGUACGGCCAGCCAUGUGGAAGAUGAUGCUCAACAUUGAUGUGUCCGCCACGGCUUUUUACAAGGCCCAGCCUGUCAUCCAGUUUAUGUGUGAGGUCCUGGAUAUUCACAACAUUGACGAGCAGCCCCGCCCCCUCACUGACUCUCACAGGGUCAAGUUCACCAAAGAGAUCAAAGGUCUGAAGGUGGAGGUGACACACUGUGGGACAAUGCGUAGGAAGUAUAGAGUGUGCAACGUCACACGACGCCCUGCCAGCCAUCAGACGUUUCCUUUGCAACUUGAAAACGGUCAGACGGUUGAGCGCACGGUGGCCCAGUACUUCAGGGAAAAGUACAGUCUACAGCUGAAGUACCCCCACCUCCCCUGUCUCCAGGUGGGCCAGGAGCAGAAACACACCUACCUGCCCCUGGAGGUGUGUAAUAUUGUUGCUGGGCAGCGCUGUAUUAAAAAGCUAACAGAUAACCAGACAUCCACUAUGAUCAAGGCCACAGCUCGCUCUGCUCCAGACAGACAGGAAGAGAUCAGCCGGCUGGUGCGAAGUGCGAACUAUGAGGCUGACCCAUUUGUUCAAGAGUUCCAGUUCCGUGUGCGAGAUGAAAUGGCUCAGGUGACGGGCCGUGUCCUGCCGGCCCCCAUGCUGCAAUAUGGCGGCAGGCCCCAGCAGAUCAACCCUGCACUGUCGUUGCAGAACCGUACGGUGGCCACACCCAGCCACGGAGUAUGGGACAUGAGAGGGAAGCAGUUCCACACUGGGGUGGAGAUCAUGAUGUGGGCUAUUGCCUGUUUUGCAACCCAGAGGCAGUGCCGCGAAGAGAUUCUCAAGGGUUUCACAGACCAGCUGCGGAAGAUCUCUAAGGAUGCUGGGAUGCCCAUCCAGGGGCAGCCGUGUUUCUGUAAGUACGCCCAGGGAGCCGACAGCGUGGAAACCAUGUUCAGACACCUGAAGAACACAUACGCUGGCCUGCAGCUCAUUAUCGUCAUCCUGCCUGGCAAGACCCCCGUCUAUGCUGAGGUGAAGCGCGUGGGAGACACCCUGCUGGGCAUGGCCACCCAGUGUGUCCAGGUGAAGAAUGUGGUCAAGACGUCCCCUCAGACCCUCUCCAACCUCUGCCUAAAGAUCAAUGUCAAGCUUGGAGGCAUUAACAACAUCCUGGUGCCACACCAGCGCCCUUCUGUGUUCCAGCAGCCUGUCAUCUUCCUCGGGGCUGAUGUCACUCACCCCCCAGCUGGAGAUGGGAAGAAGCCUUCAAUUGCAGCGGUGGUAGGCAGUAUGGAUGCUCAUCCCAGCAGGUACUGUGCCACAGUGCGGGUCCAGAGGCCUAGGCAAGAGGUCAUCCAGGACCUGGCUUCCAUGGUCCGGGAGCUCCUGAUCCAGUUCUACAAGUCGACCCGCUACAAGCCAACCAGAAUCAUCUUCUACAGGGAUGGUGUCUCAGAGGGCCAGUUUAGACAGGUGUUGUACUAUGAGCUGCUGGCUAUCCGGGAGGCCUGUAUCAGUCUGGAGAAGGAGUACCAGCCAGGGAUUACCUACAUUGUAGUGCAGAAACGCCACCACACACGGCUCUUCUGUGCGGAUCGCAAUGAGCGGGUUGGACGAAGUGGAAACAUUCCUGCUGGCACCACUGUGGACACAGACAUAACCCACCCCUAUGAGUUUGACUUUUACCUCUGCAGUCACGCUGGAAUACAGGGUACGAGUCGGCCCUCCCAUUAUCACGUCUUGUGGGAUGACAACUGUUUUACGGCCGAUGAGUUCCAGCUCCUCACCUACCAGCUGUGCCACACCUACGUCCGCUGCACACGCUCUGUGUCCAUCCCAGCUCCAGCCUACUAUGCCCACCUGGUGGCAUUCCGUGCCCGCUACCACCUGGUGGACAAAGAGCAUGACAGCGCGGAGGGCAGCCAUGUCUCGGGUCAGAGUAAUGGCAGGGACCCGCAGGCACUGGCCAAAGCUGUUCAGAUUCACCACGACACACUGAGGACCAUGUACUUUGCCUGAGAGCUCCUCCAUCCCUCCCAAGAUACAACCUAACCUGCCAGUAAUUUUCAGUGUCCCUCUUGAAUCAGCAACCUUGUUGAUCACUUGGAGGGACCCUGUACUGGUGUAACUCUGGCCACCAAAAUUAGGACUGCCAGGCAUCUCAUUGGAUAUCACAAGUCAGAGUGGACGACAGCAACAUUAUGCAAUAUGAAGCCAGCAAAUCGGUUCAAUGUUCCCCACCCUCACUGUAUUUUAAAUCAUGAUGGGUUUGUUGUCUUUGGUAGUGCUCAAGUCAUGACCUCACCUUACAGUUUUGAACCUUACAGUUUUAACAGCAGCUCAGAGUUCUAUUUUUGGGUCUUGUUUUU